GAAACGAGCGGGCGCUAGUCUUGUUUCCUGUAGCCUGUGAGCUGCUGUUGUUCACUCACUUGAAUAGCCGGCUCGGCUGGGUGGAGACGGCAGUGGUCGGUUGCGAGCUCGGCAGCUGUUGUUUCUAGUUGAGAGAAGAAGAGAAGGGAGGGACUUUUGAUCUGUUAGCGUGAAAAGUGAACUUGAUUGCCAAAAUUCCUUUUGAUACAAACCUCUGCUCCACUGCUUCUGAAUCUGUUUUACUGAACGUUCACUAGCUCAAUGGCCAGCAAUAAUACAGCUAGCAUUGCCCAGGCAAGAAAACUGGUGGAACAGUUGAAGAUGGAAGCUAACAUCGAUAGAAUAAAGGUCUCAAAAGCUGCAGCAGACCUCAUGUCAUACUGUGAAGCGCAUGCUAAGGAAGAUCCACUUCUCUCUCCUGUCCCAGCAUCUGAAAACCCAUUCCGAGAAAAGAAAUUCUUCUGUGCCAUCCUAUAAGGUUCACUGUUUAGCCCUCCCACCCCUCCUGAAGCCAGGAAUGUGCCAGUGAACUCUUUUUGCAGAAAUUUUUAUUUAAUCCAAGGAGCAGUUACCGCCUUGAGCUUUUUGUCCUGAUGUUAUUCUGGGGGGUUGGGGAUAAAUAAUAAAAACAAUGGUAACAAAAAGAUUGGACAAGGCCUGGGAAAUGCUAGAAAGUCUUUGUUUUUACAAGACAUUAAAAAUAAUAUCUGGAAGAAGAUUGGACACUUAUGUGGUGUAACAGUUUUAAAUAGGGAUGAAAAGAAAAACUAAUUAAUUGCCAUUGCAAGUCAUUUUAUACUAACAGCAGACAAAACGUUUGCUUGUGGUAAAGCGUUUGUUGUAAUAAGGUUCUGCCAAAUGUGGUGCCAACGUAGGCCGCACCAGCAUUUCAUAUGAAAGUGUUUCAUUUCUUGCUUUUGCUCCUUGAAUAUUAUUAGGACUAUUUCAUUGUUCUGUAAUUUGCUUUUUUCAAAGUGUUUUUUUUUUUUUUUUUUUGUUUGAUUUUACUUUCAACAUUUUAUGAGCCUCAGGAGCUGAUUUUCUCUUGCCUUUUUAUGUUAAAAAUGUACUUUUUUUGAAGAUUUUUUGUAAUGAUACUAGUGUUCUUUUUAAUGUUUGUAUUUCAUGACUGUGCUGUGUUCAGUGCCUGAUUGUUUGUAAGAUUACGUAUUUUUAAAAGACUAACUUCAUAUUCUCUUUACAAUUUGAUUUUUAUUUGGUGGGUGGGUGGGAUGUUUUAACAGUAUUGGAAGAGGUGCUAUGGGUGUAGAUUUUUUCCUAAGUACAUUUUUCCCAGUGCCAAGAGAAAUGAUUCUGAAUUUUUCCAGCCCUUGGAGAAGUUUCUCUCCAUUACUUGUAUAACAAAUAAUAAAUAUUGUUUACUCAAUUUCAUGACUUGUACAAGUUUUAAGAACAAAGGGAAAAUAAACUUGUAUUAAACUGA